AGUUGAAAAACGCGCAUUGCACGAGGCAGCUGCGUUUUUUGUGGCCAAAACCAAAAGCUGAAAACAAUCUAUCGAAAUAGAACAAAUACAUUACAAAGUGUAAAUAUAGCAGCAACAACAACAACAAUAACAACAAAUACCUCACGUGCAAAUGGAAAUUCUGCGACAUGCGCGCUAAAAUUUGUUUUUGUUUUUGUUUUCUUUUUGAUAAGCCAAUCGAUGCGGUUCUUUUUUUUAUCAAUAGGUGGUCGGACAACGUGUGCCACCAAAAAAUUGUACAUCUUUUUUUUUAAUUAAUUAAAAUGAGAUAGCUAGUAAAAUCUUCGCUUGUGGUCCGCAAAACAAUUUGAAUAAUUUGCUACGUCAACAGAUAGCAUUUUGUGUUUUUGUUUUCACCUUCUCUUCUGUUGUUUCAACUUACGUUAUGCCUGGGCAUUUGGCAGUCUUUGCGGCGAACCGACCUGUUGUGUGUGCCUGGGUGUGUGUGUGUGUGCGUGUGUGCCGGAUCAUACGAUUUGUUUAACCAGUUUGCGUAUGAUGUUUUUGUUGCAUUUCAGACGAUUGUCGUCGUUUUGGCUUUUCGGAUCUUCUCGGCCGUUUUUAGUGACUCGCUUUUGUCUGGGUGUGCAUGUGUGUGUUUUAUGUGUGUGUGUGUGUAUUUAUUUUGGCAACAAUUUUCAAUGUUGCCGUUCGUUUAAUUUGACAAAAAAAAAGCAGCGCAGACGCCGUCUGAGUGAUUAGAUAAUGUCAGCAGAUCCACUGCUUCCUGAUAGUUUAUUAAACGAUUGGCUUUCUAUUCACAUAGAGCCCUUGAGCAUGUCGAGAACCCAUUGAAAUUGAAAGUGCAAGCAAAUAGACAAAACUGACAGCUUGGAAAAACUAAAGCACCAAGCAUAAUACAAAAAACAAUAAAAAAUACAAAAUAGACAGGAAGAGAACGUGCAACCGGAAUAGCAAAAAAAGUGCAUAACUAGACAAAGUUCAUACCAUGGCCAUAGAGUUACGCUCUACGAGCAGUCUAAGUGAUAGCACAACAACAACAAGAACAACAUUAAUAAAAACAACAACAACAACAACAAGUGCAACAAAGGCAACAUCAACAAUAACAACAACAACUGGCCACAACAACAACAACAACAGCGACAACAACAGCUGCCAGCGACGCGCUCAACAGCUGUUCAGCUGCAUUUGCGCCAAUGCGAACCUUCUGCUGCUGACAUUAAUGCUGACACUGAGUAAAUGUUGCACGGCCACGCCCACAAUAGCGCUGCCCAAUUUAACGCAUAAUCAACAUCAGCUGAUAGCGGCAGGUGGCGCCACAUUGACCAAACAUCUCGAUGGCAAAGGCAUCCUAAACCUGGGCUUCAAGUUCCUCAACGUAUCUGGCAAGAUCGGCACGCCGCUAGGCAUAGCUCAAUCCCUGUAUGCCAAGUGCGAUGAGAAGCAAUUUCAGUGUCAGAACGGAGAUUGUAUUCCGAUACGAUUCGUUUGCGAUGGCGAGGCCGAUUGUAAAGAUCACAGUGAUGAGCAGGUCGAGGAGUGCAAAUUUCGCGAGGCCACUUGCUCAACGGACCAUUUUCGCUGCACCAACGGCAACUGCAUACCGAACAAAUGGCGCUGCGAUCAGGAGAACGACUGCUCCGAUGGCUCCGAUGAGGCCAGUGCCUUGUGCAUGAAUGCCUGUCCCAACAAUGAGUUCAAGUGCAAGACCGUCGAUCAGUGUAUACCCCGCAAUUGGCUCUGCGAUGGCAGCAACGACUGUCGCGACAAGUCCGAUGAGGCGCAAUGCAAGGCACGCACCUGUUCGCCGGAUGAGUACAGCUGCAAGAGUGGCGAAGGCGAGUGCGUCCCUUUAGCCUGGAUGUGUGAUCAGAGCAAGGAUUGCAGCGAUGGCUCCGAUGAGCACAAUUGCAACCAGACAUGCCGCUCCGAUGAGUUUACCUGCGGCAACGGACGCUGCAUCCAGCGGCGCUGGGUCUGCGAUCACGAUGAUGACUGUGGCGAUGGCAGCGAUGAGCGUGAGUGCCCCGUCCUGCCCUGCGACCCCGUCGCCGAGCACACUUGCACCAACGGAGCCUGCAUCGCCAAGCGAUGGGUCUGCGAUGGCGAUCCGGAUUGUCAGGAUGCAUCCGACGAGCGGUCCUGCGCAAAUGCCACAAAGCUGGUGACGCCCUGCCUGGCACAUGAGUAUCAGUGCAAGGAUCGCAUUACCUGCCUGCACCACAGCUGGCUUUGCGACGGAGAUCGCGACUGCCCCGACGGCGAUGACGAGCAUGCCUCCAGCUGCAAGAACAUCACCUGCAGACCGGAUCAGUUCCAAUGCGGCGAUCGCAGCUGCAUUGCCGGACACCUCACCUGCAACGGACAGGCGGACUGUGCCGAUGGCAGCGAUGAGCGGGAUUGUCAGUUGUCAGCCCACUCCAAGGGCUGCAAUGCCACUAGCCAAUUUGAUUGUGGAGGCGGACAAUGUAUUCCCCUAUCGAAAGUCUGUGACAAACGCAAGGAUUGCCCCGAUGGCGAGGAUGAGCCGGCUGGCAAAUGUGGCCAGAAUGAGUGUGCUAUCAAAAAUGGCAACUGCAUGCAUCGAUGUGUGGACCACCUGGUGGGUUACAGCUGCGAUUGUCACCAGGGAUACAAACUAUCAGGUGACAAUCGCACCUGUCUCGAUGUCAAUGAGUGCGAGCAACCAGGUGUCUGCUCCCAGAUCUGUGUGAAUGAAGUGGGCGGCUUCAAGUGCGAGUGUGAGGCGGGCUACAUGCGAGAUCCUCGGAAUCACACACGCUGCAAGGCAACCGAAGGACACGCCUCGUUGCUCCUGGCACGUCGUCAUGAUAUACGCAAGAUUGCGCUGGAUCACAUGGAGAUGACAUCGAUUGUGAAUAACACAAAGUCAGCGACGGCGCUGGACUUUGUGUUCCGCACGGGCAUGAUCUUCUGGAGCGAUGUGACCACGCAGAGCAUCUACAAGGCGCCCAUCGAUGAGGGCAACGAGAAGACCGUGGUGCUGAAGCAAUCCUCUGUUACGUCGGAUGGCCUCGCAGUGGACUGGAUCUACAACCAUGUCUAUUACACGGACACGCACAAGUGCACCAUCGAGCUGACCAACUUCGAUGGCAAUAUGGGCAAAGUGCUGAUCGAGGAUUCACUGGACAUACCACGCUCCAUUGCCCUGGAUCCCAUUGAGGGGUGGAUGUACUGGUCGGACUGGGGAGCGUCCCCACGCAUCGAACGCGCCGGCAUGGAUGGCUCCCAUCGCACCACAAUUAUCAACUAUGAUGUGAAGUGGCCCAAUGGCAUCACUCUAGAUCUGGUGAGGAAGCGCAUCUACUGGGUGGAUGGCAAGCUGAAUGUCAUCUCCUCGGCCAACUACGAUGGCUCACAGCGCAGACAAAUAUUGUACUCCACGGAGUACUUGCGACAUCCCUUCUCGAUAAGCACCUUCGAGGACUACAUCUACUGGACCGACUGGGACAAGCAGACAGUCUUCAAGGCCAACAAGUUCACAGGGGAGGAUGUGGAGCCCAUCACAGCUGUGCAUAUGCUCCAACAUCCCAUGGUCAUUCAUGUGUAUCAUCCGUAUCGCCAGCCCGAUGGCAUUAAUCACUGCCAAUCGGUUAAUGGUCACUGCUCACAUCUUUGCCUGCCGGCGCCGCGCAUCAAUGAGCGCAGUCCUCGCAUCUCCUGCGCCUGUCCCACGGGCCUCAAGCUCAUGGCCGAUGGUCUCAUGUGCGUCGAAGAUCCCACUUUUAGAGUUGUUACCAAGCCGCCGCGUGCUCACAGAUUUAAGACAAAACCGAAACCGAAACAGCGAGUUGUCACCUUUAAUGAUAAUCUUGGCCAUAUACUAACCGAUACUAAUCAGGCAAUUUCCUUACCCCUCCGAUUGCCACAGACUCAUGAAGAUUUGGUUGCCGAACGGCGUCCCGUGAAGAACCAAACGCACAUCGAUCAAACCACAGCGCCCAGCCCUCAGCCGGACUCUGGCUUCAUAGCGCUGGUCGUAAUUGCCAGUCUCAGCGGCUUUGCGGUGCUUCUAUCGGUGCUGCUGCUCAUUGGCUAUCGCUACUGUAGCAAGCGACGCAUCAAUUCCAUGAACUUUGAGAAUCCGAUUUAUCGCAAGACCACAACUGAGGAUCAUUUUAGCCUACGCAAGAAUCUACCCGCACGCAUCUACGAUCACACCAGCGUCAUGGAUGAGGAGUACUCACCCGUCAUAGGCAUAUCGUCGUAUUAGAGCUUCUUGGGUUUCUGUAUCUAAUCAAUGAGCUCUAGCAGAGAAAGCAAACCCGCAGCAGACACGCCUAAAGACUGAGCAACUCGUAUGUGUAAAUUAUUUUAAAAUUAUUUUAACAGCGGGUCAUUUUGAAAAACAGAUAAAUGAAGAGAAAGAGAAUCCUUAAAGGAUGUUGUACAAAAUACGUCGCAGAGUUCUAACUUAAAACUAAAUUAAAGUAAACUAAACUAACUAAAUGAAACUCUAAAGAUAAUUUACAUAGUUCCAAACUGUAUAUAGCUGUAAGUGUGCAUUACUUAAUUUUAAAAACAGCAAAGAAAUUAUAAAUUUAUCCUUAAUAAUUAGAGAAACAAAAAAAAAAUAAAUAAAAUAAAUAAAAACGUUGAAACUUUAUUUCUGUUUAAAGUGCAGAUCGUUUAUGAUUAUCAAUAUUAUUACAUACUAUUGUUAAGUGUACAUAUGUUUCCGAGUAAAGAUGAUUAAAUAAAUACAGAUAUAUAUAUA